AUGUUGUCCGCACGCGUCGAUACGUCAAGGUGUAUAAAUAACGACGGUCCCUGAAGGUAUCAUCAACCCUGACGGUGACGCACUAAAUCCUCGACGGUCGCUCUCGAGCCGUGUGUUUACAUCCGUGCGGCUCGGGAACGAACAAAAACAAAGCAAAAGAACAAAAGAACCGUUUUCUCGUCGAAAUGUAGCCGCCGGCAGUGGAUUUAAAAUCCCCGAGGUUUCGUUUUAACGCGUGUCUGUGCGAGGAGGCAGCAGAGAGAUGGACUUCUGCAGGAAACAGGUGAAACUAGACUGCGAGGAGCUGCUGAGCCGCUUCCAGCGAACAGAGUCCGUCCGCUUCGAGGUUUUCUCCAAAAUCUGGAGGGAAAUGAACUUCUCGCACAUUUUCUACGGGACUGUGAAGCGGGAGAAGCGGGCCUUCGGUCGUCUGGCUCUGGACACCGCCUGCGGCUUCUUCCUGCCGCCGUUCAGCUUCCAGAUCAGAGUGGGGGGACUUUACCUGCUCUACGGCCUGUAUCAAGCUCAGACCGCCUCGCCCUCGGAGCAGAUCCGCCUGGCGCUGAAGGACUGGGACGACGUGAAGAAGUUCGAGAAAGACGCUGUGGACGCACAGCACCUCGACGUGGUCUACGUCCUCCGACGGCUGAUGUUCCUCAAGGCGUUCCACUUCACUGCCAUGCCCACUCUGCUGGCCUACAAGAAGAAGAGGAAGGUGGAGCGGUCGGCGCUGUGUGAGGAGUUCAUGGAGCGAGCGUCUCGUCCGCAGGAGCUGAUCAACAUCGAGCUGCUGGAGGAGCUGUCCAACGUUCAGGAGAUCUACGAGAAGCUGAAGGCCUCCGUCUCCCCGACGACGGAGGGCGCAGACUCGUCCCUCAACCUGAUCCGUAAAGACCUCGUCCCCCAGCUGCGCGGCGCCGUGGUGGAUUUCUACAAGUGGCAGCAGAGGAAGGAGGGUCAGGAUGAAGGCGAAGCUGAAGGUGAGGACAGCGGCGAGGGAACCUCGUCUCAGCAGGAGUGCUACAGAAGAGCCGAGCGCCUCGCCUCCAUCAAGUCAAAGGCGUACGGACAGGCUGCAGAGGCCGCCAAGUCACGUCGUCAUCGUCAGGUGGAGGUGGAUUUCACCAGCAGCGAGGCCGGACCCUCCAACACACAGUGUUAUUCCAGGAUCAGCAAACCGUCACUGAAAGCCAGAACCAGUGAGAGUGUACAUAUCUCAGGUGAUGUGUGGAAAGAGGCCACGACGACCACUCUGAUCAAUCGCCUCACCAGUCUGGACUCUCUUCCCGAAGAAAAACCAAAAACUUACAAAAAAUUCAAGUGGUGAUGAACCCAGGGAGAGUUGAGCGGAGGGGCACCGGGACCGGACGGUGGAGACCCGAAGACGUCGCAUCCGGGAGGCGCCUUCGCUUCUGAGCGGCGACGUGCUGAUGGAGACAGCGCCGGAAACGGCCGUCGUCCCGACCGGAGCUGCUGACCGGGCAUUUUUUUAAAAAGGACUAUUUAUGUUUUAGGAUUGUAAUUCAUUUACUGUCGCCUUUUUAAAGGCUGUGCUACCACCCAUGCCCAAAAAAAAAGUGAAUGUUUUUACAUUUUAAAAUGUGUUAUUUUACUGUUUGCGUCUGCCCCGCGUGUUUGUAAUAAAAUGUGAGCGACAGUUGCACGAGCUCAUAACAGCUGAGGACAUUUCCAGUUUUCCUUUUUUGCAUUUUUUUUUGCCGCCAUCGCUCUGUACCUGUCUCGGCGUUGCCGGAGGAACGUUGCCCCCUUUUCCCGCCAAAAGGAAACGGGAGAUUUGUGUGAAUGUUGUUCCGCAGGUUCAGCAGAGCCGGUUCCGUUCAUCUCUCUCUGCGGUUUCCUUUAUUUCUGCUCCUGGUGUUUAAAUGCUUUGGAAAAUGUCAGCGUUUUAUAUAAAAACUCCUUUGUUUUUUUACAGGCUUCUCUUUCUUGUGUCACGUUUGAUUCUGACCCGCUAAUUACUGGAGCUGUUAUAUGCACUGAUUAGUCUACUUCUGGUUUGGGGCUCUCGGUUCCAGUGGAGGGGAAAUCUUAAUCUUAAUCUGGUUUUAUCUCCACUUUCGCUAUUUUAUGUUUUCAUCUAUCGUAUUUUAUUUUAUCGUCCCACCAUUAUUCAAUUUAUUGUUUCAUGGAAACCACUGUAAAAAAAAAAAAAAGGACAAAUAAG